UGGGUGUUGUUUCAGUAAGGUUUCACCCCAGUGUACCACGAUAAAUAUUUUCGUCACAACAUGCGUCGCUUCGGCGUCAUUCGUACGACACCACUUAUAGGACCCGGCACCACCGUCAAAUACGCGCAAUCCAGUAGUAGUGUAUGGUCUGGUAUACUAUGGGUUUUCUUUUCUUAUUCCAUCCAAGUUCUAUUUAUUUCACUAAGUGGUUUGAGUGAGGUUAUUUUUAAGAUAAAAAGUUUGAUAAUACAAAGCAGUCACCAAAUUGUUUCAUACGGUAUAUAGGUAGUUAUAAUUCUCAAAGAACACAUUAAGUUCUAUAAGUUAUUUUUCUCAUUAAAGUGGUGUUUUAAUUCUUGAUAAACAAGAGUAAGCUAUGGAAUCAACUAUUCAAAAUGAUUAUUUUACCAGCUAUGAAGACUUGGAGGUGCAUAAGCUGAUGAUUGAAGACAGCCCAAGAACUGAAGCUUACAAGGAAGCUAUAUCAGAAAACAAAGACUUUUUCAAAGACAAAGUUGUAAUGGAUGUUGGUUGUGGUACUGGCAUUUUGUCUAUAUUUUGUGCACAAGCUGGAGCCAAGAAGGUUUAUGCUGUUGAAGCUAGUAAUUUAGCAAAUUUGGCUAAGGAAAUUAUUAAAGAGAACAAAUUUGAAGACAUUAUUGAGGUCAUUCAUAGUAAAGUGGAGGAUGUAGUUUUGCCAGAAGACACCAAAGUGGAUGCUAUAGUAUCAGAAUGGAUGGGGUUCUAUUUGUUGCACGAAGGUAUGCUGAACUCUGUGCUGGUGGCCAGGGACAAGUUCCUCAAUGAAGGAGGUCAUAUCUUCCCCGAGAGUGCUACUAUUUAUGUGGCGCCAUGUAGCCUUCCAUCUUUAUACACACAGUGGGACGACGUGCAUGGAGUGUCCAUGGCUACCUUCGCUAAACAAUUAAGGACAAGUAAAGGAAACAAGCCGGAAAUUAUGACAUUGGACGAAGAAGACAUUUUAGCUGAUACUGUGACUCUUUGUACAAUCAACCUUAAGGAGGAUAAAUUGGAAAGCUUGGACAAAUUUAGUUCACAACAUGUUACUGCAGCAAAAAGGGAAGGGCUGUACCAAGGUCUUUGUAUUUGGUUUGAUUGUGUGUUUCCUAACACAACUGGCGAAGGUGCUCCAGUGAAAUUGGAUACCAGUCCGAACAGCCCACCAACACAUUGGAAGCAAGCAGUCAUAGUGUUGCCUGAAGAACAGGAGAUAGAAGAAGACGAACCUAUUGCAUUUAAAAUGGAAAUAUCUAGAGAUCAAAUACAUGAUAGGAGGUAUAUUAUAGAAGUGGACUUAUUAGACCCUGAAACAACAGAACACCCUGUGCCGUGUUGUUGUCGGACAUUAAAAUGUAUACUUAUAAAGACUUACAUGGACGGCAGCUUUUUUAAAGCUCUCAUGCAAGACGACAAUAUCGAAGAAGAGCCAGAUGAAAAUGAUUGAAUGUUGAAACCAGUGUUAUUGUUGUAUAAAUUUUAUUAUGAUAAUGCAUUAAUACAUUAUUAUACAUUGAGUAGGUACUGAAUUAAAGUCGGAUUACGUGUGAGUUCA